UUAUUUGAGAUGAGAAUUUCUCGUGCAAUCUGGUUAGUCAAGUUUCAGAUUUCCUCCUUUCUACAAGCUUUAGUAGAACUUUCGCUCGAAAAAUGCUAAUUUUAAUUUUACUAAGCAUCUCUUUACUUUCAACAGCAGUAAAUUCCGCUGUCCCGUCAACACUCAACAUGUGUACGCCAUUUGAAUUUAAGUGUAUUGAGGAUGGCUCAUGCAUCCCCGACGAACUUGUUUGUGAUGGUAAGGCUGAUUGCUCAGGUCGUACAGAUGAAACUGAAGAAUUGUGUCAAAAAUUAAAAUGUCCAAGAUACAGCUUUAGAUGUGCUUAUGGAGCUUGUAUAGAUCCAAGAAAUGUUUGUAAUCAAAAGAAGGACUGUUUGGAUGGAUCUGAUGAGCUGCCAAUUAAUUGUAUUGAGGAAGAAGAGAAUGAACUUGUUGGAUGUCCCCUUGACAAGUACCACUGUAGAUCUGGUGAAUGUAUAGACUCAGAGACUGUCUGUAACGGUGAAGUUGACUGUGCUGAUGGCUCCGAUGAAGAAGAAAACAUUUGUCUUAAAAUAACUUGCCCAAAGAAUGCAUUUCGAUGUCGUUAUGGCGCUUGUGUGCCAAAAAGUUUUCGUUGCACUGGAACCAGUCGAUGUGCUGAUGGUUCAGAUGAGGAUGAGCUGCUGUGUGGAGCACAUUAUAAUGUUUACUUGAUUAAAGGAAAUUUAACUGGAAAGGUUCCACCUGGAUCGUGUCGAUUGCCAUCCAGAAAUGAUCUACGGUACAUUAAUUCUAUAUUUGGUGAAGAAUACUUGCCGGGUGGAUAUGUCAAUGAUGGCGAAUAUAUCGAAAUAGUUUGUAAAGGUGGAACAACUAUGAAUGUAAGCAUGGACUUUGAUUCAUCAAAUAGCUGUGAUCGAACGAAAUGGACUAGAAAAUGGUCUUUAUUUCCAGAAUGUCAAACAAUUUGCAGUGGAGCUGAUGUCAUUGGCCGAACAAUCAAAACAAUCUGCGAAGUAAACGACAAAUUUAUCCCAUGCAAUCAACAGCAUGUUGUUGGGACAAUAGCUCAUAUAACUUGUGGAUCUUACUAUGAAAUGCCAAACUUAAAUGUCAGCAAACAUUUAUCACAAAAAUUGACAUGUUUGUCAACUGGAAGCUGGGACAAAAUUGCACUACGUUGUACACCAAAAUGUGGUCGAGUUACUCAAGCUGCAACAGCUUAUGUUGUUGGCGGGAAGAAGGCUAAGAAUGUUGCUGAGGUUCCAUGGGUUACUGCAAUUUACAAACGUGACUACUUAAUUUGUGGUGGCACAAUAAUAUCUGAGAGAUUAGCUGUAUCCGCUGCACAUUGCUUCUUCAAAGAGCAGCCAAGCAACCUAGUAGAGAGUGUAAUCCUUGAAGACUUGUCACUUUUCAAAGUAGCAGUUGGAAAAUACAAUCGUGACUUAGCAGCUCAAGAAACUUUUCAAUCACAAUUCUUUAACAUUAGUGAAGUUAUUUCUGUGCCUGGAUAUGACGGCUACAUGGGAUUCUUUUCAGCUGAUUUCAUUAUUCUUGUUCUUGAUGACUACAUUGUCUUUCGACAGCACAUUGUUCCGAUCUGCAUAGACAAAAAUACAUAUUUAGAGGAAGAGAUGACAAUUCAACAAGGACUGGUCGGAAUUGUUGGUGGUUAUGGAUUCACAACUGCUGGAGGAAAUCCAAGUGAUGUUCUCAAAGUCGGAAAAUUGCCAACAGUAAGCUACAGUCAAUGCAAAAAAGAUGCACCACAAAACUUCAAGCAAUUCGUGACACCUGAUAAGUUUUGUGCUGGAAGUAUAAGUGGCGGUGAUGCUGUGUGUCAAGGAGACUCUGGAUCAGGAUUGGCAUUUCCACAAAUGAAAGAUGAUGAAGAAAUUUACUUUCUGCGCGGUGUCGUCAGUAAUGCAAGACAAGUUGAAGGCAAUUGUGAUUUGAGUUUCUAUACAAUGUUCACAAAUGUUUAUCAUUAUAUGAGAUUUAUUAAGUCAGCUGAAAAGAGAUUCCCAUCGUCUUAAACAUUUCAUCAAUUCUUAUCCCAUACCCUAUCCCAUACCC